CCUGCGCACUAUGGCCGGGGCGGUCACGGGGCGGUGGCAGGGCCUGGAGAUGGCGCGGCUGCUGGAGAAGCUUCCGCCGGGACGGGUGCUCGAGUUCCUUCAUAAAAUCGUUGAUGGCAUCUGUGGCCGUGCAUAUCCUCGCUACCAGGAUUAUGGCAAUGUUUGGAGUUUGUCCGAGUGGAUGGAAGUUUUAGAAGAAACAAUGACAUAUUUCAAAAGUGCAGUUGGCAAGAACAUAUCUGAUGAAGAGGCUGCUCAGCAGAUAAUUGAGUUAAAUUCAGACUGUCAGGAAGCAAUCACAAAAUGUCUGAAAGGUAGAAAGGAAGAAAUCAGGAAUGCCCUAGUAGAAAGAGUAAAUGCRAUCUCUUCUGCCCAGCUGCAGGAUUUUGACUGGCAGUUAAAGCUUGCUCUCUCCAGUGAUAAGAUCUCCAUGCUGCAAAUGCCACUCCUCAAUCUUGAUUUGGAUGUGAGAGAAAAUGGUGAAAUUAAGCCRAUUUCUAUAGAGAUGAAUAAGGAAGAGCUGCAGAAUCUAAUAAAUGCCCUGGAAGCUGCUAAUAAGGUUGUCUUACAACUGAAAUGAUGGAAUUCUGAUCAUCAACAGUAUCUGCUGGUGGUGGCUCCUCAAAUAAUUUGGGAAAAAAAAGUGUUUACAGCAAAGCGAAAUGUUUUUGGUGCUGUAAAAUACUGAAGUGAAAAGACCCUUAUAAGUUGUGACCAAAUGAGCUACUAAUCCUUCAAUAAGAACAAUAAAAUCUUGUAUCUAUUUGACCAAGAAAGUGAAAAUCUAAUGUACAGUUGCUUUUAGUACUGAAGACUUAGAGACAUUUGGAAGAGAAUCACAAAAAGUGCCAUAUUUUUUUUGCCAGAACUUUGGCAGUGACUACACUGGUGCCUAGUAAAACUAAGGCAUCUUACUUGCAUUGUAUGUUACCUUAUUUAAAGUGCCACGAUAAUGAAGAUCAUGAGAGAGUAUUUGUCGCAUUAAUGUAUUUAUAUUUGUAAAUAUGGUAAAUAAACACCUGACUUYGUGUGUGAAUAAUUGGAGUAAGUUAUCUUUUUAUCUAUGAAUCACUAAACUCAGUCUUUUUAGAUAAUGRGGAAAAUCAGCUUUUCAAAUAAAAAUAAUGUUUUUUAGAACCACAUAAUAGUUGAGGUUGGGCAUGACCUCUGGGGGUUAUCUUGUCCAGCUUUGCUGCUCAAGCAGGGAAACCUAGAGCCAGCUGCACAGGUCAGUUUAUUUUAUUUAUAGCUGUAUUUGUGUUGACUGUGCUUUUUCAUUUCCUCUAGGUCUGGUUGCUUUAUAGGAAAAGAAUAUUCAUAGAAUAUGUCCUAUUCAAAGAAUAUGAAAGGUGGAUAUUUAAAAGUAUUUUUUAGUGCAUUGCUGAAGUGAACUUUUGCUACUUCUUCAUUUUCAAGAUCAAGUGUUCAAAAGUACAGUAAAUUCUU